AUGCGUGAUUAUAAUAUAAUAACAAACAACGUGAGGAAUAGUUUGAAUGUUGCAAGACAUACCUUCAAUCCGGAUGAGUUGUUUGAGAACUUGCAUACAAUAUUACACGAAGAAUCUGACGAAAAUGAGGUGGAGGAGGUUGAACAUUUCAAAUACGAGCAACAACUAGAUAAAUCUUUCCUUUCAAGAAGUUCUGUAAUAGGUCUAGGGUUUGGUCUGAUGAGUCCUGUUUUGGGUAUGUGUACAAGUAUGGCAAUUGGCUUGAAAAAUGGUGGACCGCUAACUAUUAUAUUAGGUUUCAUUGUUAGUGGGAUCUGUAUUUGGUUUUGUUCUCUUUCCUUAGGGGAAAUUGUGUCAAAGUUUCCAAUGGAAAUCCAUGUUGGUAGUGCUAUGUUAGCACCUGAAUCUUUCAAAUUGGCUGCAUCAUGGUAUACCGGAUGGCUGAUGUUAAUAGGAAAUUGGACAAUGAGUACUAGUAUCACUUUUGCAGGUGCUCAACUAACAAUUUCUUUAAUUCUAAUGACUAAUAAAGAUUUAAUAUCAGAAACGUAUUUAAUAUGGUAUACAGUCAUAGUAUUCUAUUUGGUGGUUACAAUUGUAGGAGUUAUAAAUUUAAAGUUUGCAAGAUUCAUCGAGAUAAUAAAUAAAGUCUGUGUGAUUUGGAUCAUAUAUGCCAUCAUUUUUAUUGAUAUUUUAUUACUGAUUUUCCAUAGGGAAAAAUAUAGAUCCCUUAAAUAUGCAUUAUUCCAUUUCGAUAAUUCACUCUCUGGAUAUUCCAGUGCGUUUAUUUCAUUCAUUAUUGGUUUCCAACAAUCAAAUUUCACUCUUCAAGGGUUUAGUAUGCUUCCAGCGUUAGCAGAUGAAGUUAAUGCUCCAGAAAAAGAUAUUCCAAGGGCUAUGUCAAAUUCUGUAUUGAUAUCUGCCUUUUCAGGGGUUAUAUUUUUAAUUCCAAUUAUGAUUAUUUUACCUGAUGUUGAAAAUUUAUUUAAUGAAAAUAAUUAUAACAUUCUCCCAAUAGUUAAUAUAUUCGUGAAAUCUACCGAUUCUAUGAUCGUUUCGUUUUUCUUAGUUUUGAUGAUACUAGGUAAUUUAUUCUUUUCUGGUAUCGGUUCUAUCACAACCUCUUCUCGUGCAGUAUACAGUUUCAGUCGUGAUCAUGCAAUUCCGAGACAUGAUUUAUGGACAUUUGUGGAUCCAGAAUCUCAAUCAAAGGUUCCAGCAAACUCAGUUUUGUUAAGUAUGGCAAUUUCAUAUAUCCUUGGAUUAUUGGCAUUAUUCUCAACUGCAGCUUUCAAUGCAUUUAUAGGUGCAGCUGUUCUUUGUCUUUGCUCUGGGACAUGCAUCCCAUUAAUCCUUGUUUUGUUCAGAAGAAGAAGAGUCCUAAAGAAUGCACCUGUUAAGAUUAGAUACAAAUUAGGUUGGACUAUCAAUAUUGUAUCUAUUCUAUGGUUAUUAUUAUCGAUGUUUUCUGUUUGUUUGCCUGUUAGUGUCCCAGUAACAGUACGGUCCAUGAAUUAUGCAAUCAUAGUUUAUAUUUUAUGCCUAAUCUGUAUUACGGGCUUAUAUUAUAAAUGGGGUAAGUACAACUUCAAUUUACCACUUGCAGAUGAAAUGAGAGGAACCACAAAUAUCGAAUUUUCUUCCAUUCCUGAAAAUGUAGAUGCUGAACUAAGUAAAAAAGGGGAUGAUGAUAACGAAGAGAAUGACGGUGAAACAGUUGAUGGUACAACUUUGACUAACUCUAAAAUCGACGACACGAUUAACGAAGAAAAUCCCUUCACUGAAACUGCAUCUAAUAUAUUGAACUGA